AUGCAGCGAGACACUGGCCGAGUGCGGUGCGACUCUUGGGGACGGCUCUUUCGCGAACCAAAGCUCUUCGCCUGCGCAGUUGUGUCGCUCACUUUUCAUGUGGCACUCUAUGGAUUCGGUUUUUGGAGCUGCCGACCUGGUGGGAACAUGUGGCACACCAUUGCCGCGCAGGAGGGUGGUGCGCCCGAAAUGCAGGGCACCUGGCUUGGCCUACCUCUGGCGAUGAUCCAUCGUCCACUGGAAGACCUGUCGAACAGCACCUGUGGCGGCACUACGAAUGGGCAGCGGCCCGAGCCAGACUGGGACACAUGGGUUUGCUACCCCAGAGAGGACAUUCGUGCGGAAGAGAGCUACACCAUCUGGAAGCAGAGCUUGCCGGCCCUGCUGGUGCUGAUGGUGUUGUUCCUUCUGUUGGGCAAGAUCACGGAAGAGAAUGAGUCUGGCCGUGUCGGCUUCCGUUGUGUCUUUGGCAUUAUCGUUGUUGGCAUCUCCCAUGGUCUCAUCGGCACCGUUUUGAUCGCUGGUAUGGGUGCCGGGUGCAUGGCACUCUCGCGAGCAUUGCGGAAUGCCAGUCCUGAAGUGGCACUGGCCACAGUAUGGUGCUUUGUGCUUAUCUGCAUGGAGACAGUUUUCCGACUCCUUGGUGCUCACACGCAUGCAGUGCCUGGAUGGCGCCAUGAUCAGGGCUUCAAGAGCUGGUGCUUGCUCGAGAGCCUGGUUUGCGGUGACGUGCUGAACCAGCCGGUGCGAAAUAGCUCCGUGUGUUCCAUCUCGAAUGCUUUCAUUCUGAAGGGCUUGGCACCCUGGAUCAGCUUUCGAUUCAUGGCGCUGAAGCUGAUCUCCCUGGCCUUUGACGAUCUCUGGAGCUACAAGGAACUGCCUUCUGGCGUGCGAAAUCUUGAGUCGAAGCCUGAGCUCAUACGGCGAGCGGAGACCAACCUGCCGCCGGAGAAGUACUCCUGGAGGUACAUUGUUGCCUAUUUGGGCUACGCUCCGCUCUUCUUCGCUGGGCCAAUCCUCAGCUAUAAUGCCUUUGUCUCCCAGCUCGAGAAGAAACAGGAGACUUAUCGAGGACGACAG